GUGUGCCUCCCGUGCUGAGCUCUCCUCAUUCUGUUUGGGGACAACAGAGUGCAGGAUGUGGCCCCUUUAUUAUCCUUCCCUGCUGACGUUUUCAGGCGCAUAGUCCUAUCCUUUCUUCAGGACAAUUUAAGUUUUCUGCUAAGAGCCAAAUGUGAAGACUGGCUUAAGUAUCCUGGAGGCAAGGAAGCUCGCCAGAGCUCUGCCGGGAGUGCCAGAGCCUUACUGAGGGACAGAAGAAAAAUAGUUUUUAAGUUCUCCAUGAAGUGUAUACUAUGUUCUGCCAUUCAUUCCCAAAGCUACAGGAAGCAUUCCUCUCGGGAAAGGUGGAGUUUGUGGUGAGAAGCCGGAGGUGAGAAGACACCUGGGAGGACAGACUAAUCCAUUUCCUGCAUUUCCUAUGUGAGGAUAGUGUUGGAGCCCAGCAAGGCUUUGAGGCGCCCUGAAGAUGAACGCCAACAGCAGCUCGGUGGGCCAGCUCCUCUUGCAGGGGCCUGUGUGCAUUGGCUGGAAGCAGGACCUGGAAGGCGCUGUCUACCAUCUGGCGAACUGCUUCUUGCUCCUGGGCUUCAUGGGGGGCAGUGGGGUAUAUGGAUGUUUCUACCUCUUUGGCUUUCUGGGCACAGGUUCCCUGUGCUAUGUGCUGUGGGGCUGGUUCGAUGCCUGUGGCCUGGACAUUGUCCUCUGGAGUUUCCUGCUGGCAACAGCCUGCCUGCUCCAGCUGGCUCAUCUGGUAUACCGCCUGCACGAGGACGCCCUCCCUGAGGAGUUUGAUCUCCUCUACAGGACGCUGUGCCUGCCCCUGCAGGUGCCCUUGCAGGCGUACAAGCAGAUCGUUCACUGCUGCGAGGAGCAGGUCUUGACUCUGGCCACUGAGCAGACCUAUGCCGUGGAGGGCGAGACGCCCAUCAAUCGCCUGUCCCUGCUGCUCUCUGGCCGGGUUCGUGUGAGCCAGGAUGGGCAGUUUCUGCACUACAUCUUUCCUUACCAGUUCAUGGACUCUCCUGAGUGGGAAUCACUGCGGCCCUCUGAGGAGGGGGUGUUCCAGGUCACUCUGACUGCCGAGACCGCAUGCAGCUACAUUUCCUGGCCGCGGAAAAGUCUCUACCUUCUUCUGGCCAAAGAGCGAUAUAUCUCCCGCCUCUUCUCGGCCCUGCUGGGCUAUGACAUCUCGGAGAAACUCUACGGCCUCAAUGACAAGCUCUUUGCUAAGUUUGGGCUGCGCUUUGACAUCCGUCUCCCCAGCCUCUACCAUGUCCUGGGUCCUGCGGCCCCAGAUCCAGGGCUGGAGUCCACGGAGGAGGAGGACGUCCACGAGGCAGCUGGGUCCCCGCCUCGGGCCACACCCACAGAUGUCCUGCAAACACCCCCUUGCUCUCCCCUUCCAGCUGCCACCCACCCUCCUGCACCUGCUUCCCGGGCCAGAAUGUCCCGGCCUGACAGCGGCGUCCUGGGUGAGGACUCCAGCAGUCUGGUGCUGGAGGAUUUUGAGGAGGUGUCAGGAUCAGAAUCGCUUAUGGAUUAUAGGAGCGAUGGGGAGUACAUGAGCUUCUAGAACUCCUCUCCAGAGCUGCUCUCAAGCUAUGUCAAUGGGUCAGGCCCCCUUGGCUCCAGUCCACACUCCUGAACUUUGAGGAUCAAUGGACCAUCUAUACUGUGGGAUAUUAAACAUCCAGUGAAUAAAUUCGAUGUAUGUAUAAUACCAGGCAGGAUAUUCAUGAUAUAUUGUUAAAUGACAAAGGAACAUUAUAGAGUUGUAUGCUAUGAUUUCAUUUUUGUUAAAAACCCCCCCAAAAAAAACCAAAAACAACUUCAUAUGUAUAUAUUUGUAUUAAUUUGGAGAAAUGUAUGGAAGGACAUACACCAAGCUAUUAACCUGGAUUACCUCACGGCUAUGGCAACUAUAAGUCUACAGUUUGACUUGUUACAAUGAACAUGUAUUGCUUUUGUAAUUUUUAAAAUAUAUAUAGUAAGGUGGGGUAGAUUUGGUGGGGGGAAUUAAUAUGAAGACCAAGACUGAGAAGAAAUCACCAGUCUGCUUUAAAUGAAUCCUGGUACCCAGACCCUGAAUUACAAUCUUGCUUUAGAAAGACCUUGUGGGAUGAACUGGAGUCUUUGUUCAGUAAUUACUAAAUAAUCCCAAAGAGAAGAGAGUUAGAAGAUGGUGAAUAUAUUUGCUCCAGUAAACAAAAAGAGAAAGCUGAGAUUCCUGAAAUUAGCGAUCAGUAAGUCUGAUGUUGAUUCCUAGCAAAGUCCAGGAAUGAAUUAGUAAAACUGUGGCUUGCAUAUACUUAGGAAAUAAAGUUGCAAUUACUAGGAGUUUGCAUGGGUUCCUGGUAGUCAAGCCAUGCUAAAGUUAAAUUAAUCAUAUUCUCUCCCAAAUCAGGAGAUCGCUAUAGAUAUUGAAACUCUAUAUUGAACUCUAUAUUGAAACUCUAAAAUAUUGAAACUUUCCUCAUAAUACAUAAGUAGUCAAGAUUAACAUGAGUUAGAAAUAUAUGUGAAGGUUUAUCCUCAGAGUACUGACUAAUCUUAAGGAUGUUUCUGAAGGUAGGACUCUACCCUUGACCUUCUCCUCCUUUCAAGUUCUUGGCUAUAGAUGUAGAAAAGGAGUCUAUAAAAACGUCAUAUAUAAAUAUACAUAUAUAUAUUACAUAUGAGUAUAUAUAAUAAAAUGUAAAUAAUAUAAAAAUUA